CUUAAGCACCCGUUGACAUCCGUCGGAGCCACGCUUCACCACUGCACAAUUUUAUACGCGUUGAGACGCCGAGUAUAUCCUACAUGAAGAUUUCGUGGUUCAAGACGUCAAUGGCUCACAGUUGUUGUUCAUAUUAUUUGUAAUAGCGUUUAAGAUAAUAGGGCGCGAGAGUGUCGCAAAACUUGGACGAAGGAUCAUCUCGCAAUCCCGUGUCGGAAUUUCAUUACGAUGGCCGAAAAUCGAGACGCGAUACUGGCUGACUUUCAGGCUUGCACCGGAAUCGACGAUUUCGGAGAAGCUAUUUUGUAUUUGGAGGAAACAAAUUGGGACUUACUGGCUGCGAUAAAUAACGCAAUGCCACAGACUACACAGCAGCUACCAUCUGAAAUGGCUCCAGAUAUAGAAAUGGUGGAGGAAAUUAAAGUAACGCCACGUUCAUCCUCCUCAUCGAAACUACAGACAAUGCAGAAUUCAAAAAAGACAGGAGCCGUGAGCACAGUGGACACAGUAGAGAAUUCAAAACCUGGCACAAGUAGACCUAAAAGUUGCAUGAAAAAUCGAACACUUACAUUCCACGUUACCUAUCUCAAUGACGUUUAUAAAAUAAAUAUUUCCGAGUUAUCCACUUUAAAAGAACUUAAGCAAUUUAUAUUUUACAAAACGGGUGUAGCACCUUGCCAACAGAAACUUAAUGGGUGGAAAAUAGAACCUGCAACACCGACCAUGGUGCUAAAAAUUUUAGAUCUGCCUAGAGAAAACACAUUACUCCUAACAACGUUGUCGCAAGAUGGUGACUUGGCUCACGAGACUCUAAGUCUGUCAGAACGUAUGACUCUGACCUAUACGUUGAACGUAAAGGAUGAGGUGCAUAAUAAAACGUACAAGCUGAAGUUCCCUGGUACACGCACAGUGUUAGAGGUGAAGACGGACAUCUACUCGUUAAUAGAUGUGCCUGUGCGAAAUCAACAAUGGAAGGGUUGGCCUAGUUCAUUGAAGGAUGAUGGUGUAAUAUUGGCACAAAGUGGUAUAUGCUAUCCGGAGCAUGAUCUUUCCGUCGGAAAGCUUCCCGCAAAAGAGGAAAAGAAGAAGGUUGUCGAUCUAAUUGACAGCGAUAGUUCCAUAGAUGAGCCUGAGGAUGUGGAAGAAUUUGAUGUUCCGGAAGAAUUUACUGGCGACGACGAUAUUUUCAUAGACGAUGUUAAGCCCACGAAAGUAGAACGUCUCUUGCCGGAAAUUGUAAUAGAUGAAGUGAUGGGUACGCUACAUUUUGCGGAACAAUUUGAAAAGCGAUAUGGAGCAGCGCAUCCAGAAUUCUUCACUGGUACAUUCGAGGACGCCCUAAAGGAAUCGUGUUUAAAACCAGCGAAAGAGAGAAAAUUAUUGGCUGUAUAUUUGCAUCAUGACAACAGUGUAUUAGCAAAUGUCUUUUGUACUCAACUGUUAGGUUUCGAAACUGUGCUUCAACUUCUCUCGGCAAAUUUUAUAGUAUGGGGUUGGGACAUCACGUAUGAAUCUAACAAAGAAAGAUUUUUAUAUUCUAUAACUCAAACCCUUGGUACUGUCGGCACGUUGGCUAUAUCAAGCAUAGACGUUGAUACCUUGCCAGUUCUCAUGAUUAUUAUGAGAUCUAGAUCAAACACAGAGAUAUUUACUAUCGUACAUGGCAAUGUAGGUGUUAACGAAUUACUAACAAAUUUGGUACAAGCCGUCGAUGUAUUUCAGGAACAAAGACGAGCUGAUAUUGGCGUUGAAGAAGAACGACAGGCUAGAGAAAGAGUCAAGCAAGAACAAGACAGAGCUUAUCAAGAAAGUUUAGCAGCUGAUAGAGCAAAAGAAGAAGCGAAACAAAUGCAAGAGGAACUUGAAAAGAAACAGAAAGAGCAAGCUGAAAACGAGAGAUUAGCUGAAGAAGCGAGGAAAGAAGCUCAUAGACAAGCUGUAGAGUCUAGUUUACCACCUGAACCGCAACAGGGAGCUGGUGAUGGAGUGAUGAUAGUAAGAGUACGGCUUCCGGCAGGGAAAUUCCUGGAACGUAAAUUUCAAUCGGAUACACCGUUACAAACGCUCUUUAAUUUCCUUAUUGUGGAAGGUUAUCCUACAGAGGAAUAUAAGAUCCUAUCUAGUUGGCCUCGAAGGGAUGUAAGUAAAUGAUUUAACAUCUAUGGAUUCAAAGCUCACUUUGAUGGAACUGAAAUUCUGUUCCCAGGAAACAGUAAUUUUACAGGAACGAUAAAUAAUAAUGUUGUAAUUAAAUUCAAAUGUAGAAAUUAAGUGUCGCGAAUAUUCUUCAGGAAUGUAUUUAUUUAACAAUUUCGAAAUAGCGAUUACUGAGUCCUGUUUAUCAUGCGAUUAUACAUUUUUACGCUGAAUUUUUCUUAUACAAUGAAGUCUCGUACAUAACGCAAUUCGCGCGAAUAUAAUUUUUAUUUUAUAAAAAAAGAAGGAAGCGAAAAUUUGUUUCGCAUGCGUACAUAUAUUAUAUACUUUAAAUUUUCAGGAAUAAAUUGUAUUUCGAACAAAUUCGAUUUCAAACAAAAAA